AUGUCCGAGAUCAAGCCCUCGGACAAGACCACCGACGCCUCCCACGUGGAGAAGCACGCGCCCACCAACCACGAGUUGAUCGAGGAGGCUGUCCGCACGGGCAGCGUUCCUCAGGUCAAGAGCGAGGCCGAUGCCAUUGCCAUUGCCAAGAACGGCAGCUGGGAGGUCGACGCCCUGAUCCGCCAAUUGGAGGACGACCACAAGGCCGAGGGCUACAAGAAGGGCAUGUUCGAUCUCGAGUUCAAGAACCCGAAGCACUUCACAUGGCUGCUGGUCACCUUCGCUUCCAUGGGUGGUCUGCUCUCGGGCCUUGACCAGUCCCUGAUCUCCGGCGCGAACCUGUUCCUGCCCGAGGAUCUGGGUCUGAACGACUCGCAGAACAGUUUGGUCAACGCCGGCAUGCCGCUUGGCGCCGUCGCCGGUGCUCUGCUGCUGUCGCCCGCCAACGAAUGGUUCGGCCGCCGCUGGUCCAUCAUCAUCUCAUGCGUCUUCUACACCAUUGGCGGCGCGCUUUGCGCCGGUUCCAUGAACUUCGCCAUGAUCGUCGUCGCCCGUCUGCUGCUCGGCGUUGGUGUUGGUCUCGAGGGCGGUACCGUCCCCGUCUACGUCGCCGAGACUGUCGAGAGGAGACUCCGUGGAAACAUGGUCUCCCUUUACCAGUUCAACAUUGCUCUUGGCGAGGUCUUGGGUUACGUCGUCGCUGCCAUCUUCCUGAAGGUCCCUGGCAACUGGCGCUACAUCCUGGGUUCAUCCCUUGUUUUCUCCACCAUCAUGCUUAUCGGUAUGCUCUUCAUGCCCGAAUCUCCUCGUUUCUACAUGCACAAGGGUGAGACCCUGAAGGCCUUCAAGGUCUGGAAGCGCAUUCGUGGUCUUGAGACUGCCGACUCUCGCGAGGAGUUCUUCGUCAUGAAGGCUUCGCAGGAGCAGGAGGACGCCGAGAUUGCCGCUGGCGCCAGCAACAGGCGCUUCCCCUGGCUCGACUUCAUCACUGUGCCCCGUGCUCGUCGUGCCAUCGUCUACGCCAACAUCAUGAUCUUCCUCGGCCAGUUCACUGGUAUCAACGCAAUCAUGUACUACAUGUCCAUUCUGAUGAGCGACAUCGGUUUCGACAAGAUCCAGGCCAAUUACAUGUCUCUCGUCGGCGGUGGCUCCCUCCUGCUCGGCACCAUCCCUGCCGUCCUGUACAUGGAACGCUGCGGUCGUCGCUUCUGGGCCAUUGCUAUGCUUCCCGGUUUCUUCAUUGGUCUUAUUCUCUGCGGUGUCUCUGAGUAUGCCGGUAGCGUCACGAACCAGCAGGCUGUGUACCUCACUGGUAUCAUCAUCUACCAGGGCUUCUUCGGCUCGUACGCCACGCUCACCUGGGUUGUUCCUAGCGAGGCCUACCCCACGUACCUCCGUUCCUACGGCAUGACGACCUCGGACGGCUGGCUCUUCCUGUCGUCCUUCAUCGUCACGUACAACUUCGACCGCAUGAAGAACGCCAUGACCCGCAUUGGUCUCACUCUCGGUUUCUACGGUGGUAUCGCCAUCCUGGGUUGGUUCUACCAGCUGUUCUUCAUGCCCGAGACCAAGGACAAGACGCUCGAGGAGAUCGACCUCAUCUUCCAGAAGCCCACGCGCGAGAUCGUCGCCGAGAACUGGAUCCAGGUCAAGGAGACGACCAGCGACCUGCUCGCUUUCAGGUGGAAGAAGGUCUUCACCUUCGACAAGCCGAAGCAGAACAUGGGUGAUGAUGAGUAG